AUGGAUUCAUGGUAUCUGGCUUGGCUUCUGUUCUUUGCAGCUCUUCUGGUGGCUUCUGGCUUGCCAACUCCAGAAGACUUUGAUAUAGAUGGUGGAACUGACCAGGACAUAUUUGAUAUCAAUGAAGAUUUGGGACUGGAUCUUUUUGAGGGAGACAUCAAACUUGGGGCACAAGAUAGAAAUUCCAUCAUUGGAGAAAUAUAUAGAUGGCCUCAUACCAUUCCAUAUGUUCUAGAAGACAGCUUGGAUAUAAAUGCUAAGGGAGUGAUCCUUAAUGCAUUUGAACGCUACCGCCUAAAAACAUGCAUUGACUUCAAGCCUUGGUCUGGAGAAGCUAACUAUAUAUCGGUGAUCAAGGGCAGCGGCUGCUGGUCCUAUGUAGGAAAUAGGCAUGUUGGGAGGCAAGAACUUUCCAUCGGGGCUAACUGUGACCGAAUAGCUACAGUUCAGCACGAGUUUCUCCAUGCGCUGGGAUUCUGGCACGAGCAAUCGCGUUCUGAUCGGGAUGACUAUGUCAGCAUAAUUUGGGACAGAAUUCUGUCAGGCAGAGAACACAAUUUUAACAUCUAUGAUGACGAAGAAUCAGAUUCUCUGAAUGUCCCCUAUGAUUACACUUCAGUAAUGCACUACAGUAAAACUGCAUUCCAGAAUGGAACAGAGCCAACCAUUGUAACAAGGAUCUCAGACUUUGAGGAUGUGAUUGGCCAACGAAUGGACUUCAGCGACUAUGACCUCUUAAAGCUGAAUCGAUUGUAUAACUGCACUUCUUCCCUGAGUUUUAUGGACUCGUGCAACUUUGAACUGGAAAAUGUGUGUGGCAUGAUCCAAGGUUCAGGAGAUGCUGCUGACUGGCAACGUGUUUCUCGGGCUUCUGGGGGGCCAGAGACCGAUCAUUCCAACAUGGGCCAGUGUGAAGGUUUUGGUUUCUUCAUGCAUUUCGACAGUAGCUCUGUAAAUGUGGGGGCCACAGCAAGGCUGGAAAGUAGAACACUGUACCCAAAAAGAGGAUUUCAGUGCUUGCAAUUCUUUUUAUAUAACAGUGGAAGUGAAGAUGACCAACUGAACAUCUACGUCAGGGAAUAUUCUGCAGGCAAUGUGGAUGGUAGUUUAACCCUUGUGGAAGAACUGAAAGAAAUACCAGUUGGGAGCUGGCAACUUUACCAUGUAACAUUGAAUGUGGCCAACACAUUUAGAGUGGUGUUUGAAGGACGCAGAGGCUCUGGUGCAUCAUUGGGUGGUCUGUCUAUUGAUGACAUCAAUCUUUCAGAAACACGAUGUCCUCAUAACAUAUGGCAUAUAAGGAAUUUCACACAGUUCAUUGGCAGCCCAAAUGGAAGUCUGUAUAGCCCUCCAUUUUAUUCUCCUAAAGGUUAUGCCUAUCAAAUUUACUUAAAUUUAGAAUCUACGACUAAUGUAGGGAUAUAUUUCCACUUGAUCUCUGGAGCCAAUGAUGAUCAAUUACAGUGGCCAUGUCCUUGGCAGCAAGCCACAAUGACACUUUUGGAUCAAAAUCCUGAUAUUCAACAGCGUAUGUCCAACCAGCGGAGUAUAACUACAGAUCCAUUUAUGACCACCGAUGAUGGAAACUAUUUGUGGGACAGGCCUUCCAGAGUGGGACAAGUGGUGGUUUUCCCUAAUGGAACAGAAUAUAGCAGAGGUAGAGGAUAUGGAACCAGUGCCUUUAUAACCUAUGAGAGGCUGAGAAGCAGAGAUUUUAUAAAAGGAGAUGAUGCUUUUAUCCUACUGACGGUAGAAGACAUCUCUCAUCUCAAUUCCACACAAAAUCAGCCAGUUCCAACCUCUAGCGCUGAUGACCUCUGCUCAGAAAUCACAUGUGAGAAUGACGGCAUCUGCUCUGUCAGAGAUGGUAAAGCUGAGUGCAGGUGUCCAUCAGGGAAGGAUUGGUGGUACAUGGGAGAAAGAUGUGAAAAGAGAGGUUCAACCCGAGACACCGUUGUCAUUGCUACUUCUUCUACUGCUGCUGUGUUUGCAGCAAUGCUAAUAGUCACUCUUGUCAGUGUCUACUGUACCAGGAGGAAAUAUCGUAAGAAGACGAGUUCUAACACAACAGCUAUGACUCUGGAAACUCAACAUGCUUUUUGAAGAUUAACUCAACAAUACAGCCAGCCAAUGAAAUAUAUGAAGAUCCUUCUUCAUGGACUUCAUCUCAGUUA